AUGGUAUGUCUUGACAAUGUCUUAAUGUUGUUGAGCGCGUAUAUUCAAAUCCCACAGCUGACAAUUCGUAUUGCUGCUUUUUUUCUCAAGACCGCUGCAGCCCUUCAUCGCUUGUCAUCUUUUAUUCGCAAUGCAGCGCUGAAGCUGUAUCAAAUUAAAUUGUUCAUGUGCUUUGACGGCGUAUCGCAGAUAGCAAUCAGAUUGAGGUAA